CAGCUGCGAGGUCUUCAAUCAUAGCCUGUAACAUUACUCCCAUACUUCCAAUAUGGUCGCCCCCAAUCUCACAUCUUCAUACUUCACCACAGCUUCUGGUACGAAGACACAUCAUUUGCAGGGCGGUAAUCCUUCUGGCCCGCUUCUAAUCUGCCUACAUGGGUUGGGUGGCUCAACUGAGACCUUCUUGCCACUUGUGUCCUCUUUGCCCCAGACCCACAGCGUCGUUCUCGUCGAUUUCCCUGGCUUCGGAAAGACGCCAUUGACAGAAUCCGCAAGACCACUUUCUAUAGAAGGCCAUGUCGCCGACUUGGGCGAUCUCGUCACAUCUUUACAAGGAACUUCGAGCAACCCAGCUUCAUCCGGGGUCGUCAUCAUCGGACACUCCCUCGGUGCCAUUGUUGCUUUGCACUUUGCCGCAAGGUAUCCCCAAAUCGUUAGAGGCCUCACGCUCAUCGGUCCUGGUAGAGCGGCAGGUCAUAUACCCGCGGUCCGGCAACGCAUGCUUGACCUUGCGGCCACGGUGAGGAAGGAAGGCAUCGACUAUGCGGCGGCUGCCGCAGCCAAGUCCAACUUUUACGAAGACACGUAUGCAUAGCUUAAAAUCCCGUGGAUGGUUAGUAACUUGCUGACGAUAAACUUAUAGUCAGUUCCGAAAGGUAAACCCAGCUACGAGAGAAGCUGUACGAACUGAUGUCAGCUCUUCAAAUCCUGAAGCUUAUGCGCAGACAUGUGAAGCUAUCGUAGCUACUAGUCACACUGACCCAGAAUACAAAGAUAUUACCUGCCCUAUUGUCUUCGUGGCUGGAGACAAGGACAUGAUCAGCCCAGUGGAGCGAUCGAACGAUCUCAGUUCACUGGUGGGUGGAAGGAGCUGCGUAGUUGUUG